AUGGCGGGCAUAGUUGAUGAUGGGUGGACAGUGGUAGUCGGACAACCAGCCAGUGAAAUCCGCGAGGAGAAACAAAUUGAAGAAUGGGAGCGCUCGAAGGGUGGAUGGUCUGGAUUUGGUAAACAUCCUCAGAAUUGGAUGGACCAUAAGAAAUUACACCUUUCAUCAGAGAAUGAAUUAGGUUCUGGAAGUUAUGGACUUGUGCAGCGCGUUACGUAUGGUGCUGUCACCAUGGCCCGCAAACACGUGGUACCUCGAGGUGGAAUGACGGUCGAGAAACUUCGUGAGGAAGCUAAUGCCAUGGAGGAAUUGGCGCAUAAACAUAUUUUGAAGCUGGUUGGGACAUAUACGUUGAAGCGCAAACAUUUAUAUCUCCUCCUAUAUCCUGCAGCCACUUGCGAUUUAAGUACAUUUCUCGACGAUAUAGAUGGGAUUCGAUCGGAUACGUGUGCGGAUAGGGAUGAUGCGAUGAAAAGGCUCCAUGCUCUUGGACUCAAGGAUAUCGGGAAAAUCGACGAUUUGUGUAUGUUAAGACGUCCAAUGCCUUAUUCGGAACCAGCGCAUAUAAAGAGGACAGAAACAGCUUUGGGAUUUUUACAACAAAUCAUGGGAUGUAUUACGGAAGCAUUGGUGUUUGUUCAUGAAAAAGGUAUUCGGCAUCGGGAUUUAAAACCUAAGAAUAUUUUAUUAAGUCCGGGUCGGGUAUACCUCGCUGAUUUCGGUAUCGCGAGAGAUGUUAAAGAAUCGGAAAAUAGUAUAACUUGUGGUAGAUAUGGUACCCCUUCUUGGAUAGCUCCGGAGGUUUAUGAUGGUGAAGAUCAUCAUAUGUCAACGGCAGAUGUCUUUUCCCUUGGUUGUAUAUUCCUCAAUAUUGCGACGGUGUUAUAUGGAGAUUCAGUUGAAUUAGCGACAUUUGACGAAGUAAUGAAGGAGAAGGAAUGGCCUAAAAAAUACACGAUGUUGUCAGAUCAUCUAAACAAAUUAAGGGAUAAAGCAAUUAGAGCUGCGUUGGCUGAUGAAGAAGAACCUAACUUCGACGCAAAAAAUAUAUUGGGUCUUGUGGAGAAAAUGUUACUAUAUGAAGCUGAACGACGACCUUCAGUAAAGGAGGUCAAUGAAAGGUUAUGUGAACUUGGAGGUUUGGAUCAAAUUUAUCAUUUAUCUUGCUGUCAUAAAAAGAACGAUGUUAUGUCUCGAUCAAUAAAUUCAAAAAUGAGAACCAUUUCGGAAUGUAGUUUAUCAUCCAAAAGUAGGAUUUCAGAACUGGAGAUUGAGAACAAUGCUUUGAAGGAACGUCUUGCAACCCUUCAAAACAAAGAUCAAACAUACGAAUUACGAAUCGAGCAUGAACGUAAUCAUGCAAAGAAACAAAACGAUGUACUCAAAGAACGAUAUGAAAAACAAUUAAAAGCAAAAACUGAAGCUUUAACCCGUGCAGAAGAACGCAUUAGAGCAUUAGAAUCAAACAUGGAUCAUAAACGUCGACCAUUCCAUAACAGAGGUAGAGGUCGAAAUAUCGUUCAAGAAAGUUCACACACAAACGAUAACCUCAAUAUCAACAAUCUAGCCUUCCACACAAAACACACCCUUUCUACUCAAAACAAAAGCGCAAAACCGGGACCCACAAUGCCAGAAGGAUAUUUCCCCAGCAUCCCACCCCGAAACCCAUCUUUCACAAAUUUAAAAGAUAUAACUCUUCAGCGUCGUCCUUCUGGUAUCCCAAUACCUACUCGCUCACCAACUCCCAUUAUCACUCCUCAUAAAUCAUCAUUUAGUUCCCCCGGAAGUGGAAAUAGUACACUGGUUAGUAGUACGUAUUCUGUGUUUUCGAAUCGGAGUAAGAUGACGGAUGGAAGUAUUACUCCGGUGGAAAGUCCUGGGGAAACGAUGAGUCCACCUGAUAGUCCGAUUUCUAGUGUGAGGGGAAAAGGGUUGAAUUCGGAGUGUAUGAGGGGACCACAGUUGAAUAAUGGGAGAAUGAAGAUAAAUAAUAACGGGAAGGAGAGGACGAUUAAACCUACUUGGGCGAAAAUGGUUAGGGGGAAUGUUUCUAAGGUUUGA